GUCGGUCGCGCAUGAGGGCGCGUAACGCAAGCGCAUCUACAGAUGCCAGUAUUCGUACGGCACUGUGGAAUCAUCUAUCACGCGGCGGCUUUUCAGUCUUCGAGUUAACGCGGGCAAGUACGCGUCGAAACCAAAGAGAAAAAAAGAAAAGGGGGCAAUCAUCAGUGAUACGAUCAUCAGAAGAAGAAUAAUCGAAAUGAAUUUCUUAUUUAUCGUGACUAUUAAUGGAGUGUCAUCGUGAGGAAUUGACGUGACGAGUUGUUGUUGCUGCUGCCGCGUACGCGUUAAUGCAGAGGAAGAUUUGGUGAAUUAAAAUGGAGAGGAAAAACUUUGGUGUAUCGCGAAUUUUCGUGUGUUGCUCGAACGUCGUUUUCCUGAUAUCAGGUUUCACGUUCAUGUCAUUAGGAGCUUUGCUAUUAGCCGAUGACGAGCGUAUCCUAUUGUCGCGUUUAUUGGGACCAGGAGAUAUACACCCCGACCAACCACUUUUUUAUUACAUGGCAUUUGCAAUCGUUGGACUCGGAUUUCUGAUCACGCUCACGGGUCUGCUAGGAUGCUGGGCAACUUGUCUCUAUAAUCGUUGCGUUACAGUUUCAUAUCUCAUCACGAUAAUUCUGCUGUUACUUGGCGAAUGCACUGUGUGCGUUCUGGUAGUGUUCUGGCCUCACGUACUCGGCAUCGAUGUCAGACCAGCACGAUUGAUACGAGCCUUGCAACGUAGCUAUGCCGUUCCUGGUCGAGAACAAUUCACAGCAGCCCUUGAUCUCGCACAAACAGCGUUUGCUUGCUGCGGCAUAAACGGAAGCAGCAAUUACGGAACCUCCUGGUGGCGACUGCAGGAAGUCGGCCGACGAGAAUUAGUGGUACCUCUCAGCUGCUGCACCCUGAAUAACGUAAACCAGACCGACUCUUUCCUCAACCCCGAGCCUGCCAAUCUUACUCUCUGCCAGGCUUUGAAUCCUGCCGAACAUCAAUACGCCCGCCAUACCACGGGAUGCUUGGAGAUGUUAGAGAAAUGGACCCAAGAGCAAGCACUGAUACUGCUCACGAUCGGACUUGCGGUGAUUUUCGUGGAAGUCGGCGCACUUCUAAGCACAUUCUUCGUCUGUUCGAAAAGCAGUAAGAGAGCCAAGUCUCAGGCAUCGACGUUUACAUCUACUCAAACUCUCAGUCCGUUUAGCGAAAGCGAUCACGAUUUCGGAUUGGGAAUCGAGAACCGGAUGCAUGCAACCGGAACCACGUUCGGCGUUAAAUCAUGAAGGUGGCUAGAGGGCAGUGAGGGUAAAUCAUCAGUCGACACUAAGAAUACGAAAGUUGCGACAGAUUUGUCUAGACUUAACGACGUAAGGAGAUUUAGCAAGAGUAUAAUCGAAGAAUGGAAGAAUCCCUCGAAAUUCAACGAGAACGUAUUACGAAGCGAUCAAUUAUACGAGGAACGCGCGAUAGACGUCGUGCCAGACUACUUUCUCAAAAGUUGUCCCAAGUUAAAGAACGAUCUGGAAAAAAUUCGCGACGACAAAAAGAACGGGUCUAAGUCGAAAUCUCGCAACAGUAGCGGCACCGUUCGGAGUAUUCCGAUAAAAAAUUAUCAAGCUUCGAUAGCGCACAAUAUUGGUACACUUAGACGAUCGGAGGCACCUCAACUCCAAUUUGAAUCUUCGAUAUCCGAGCCUGACAAAAGUUUUUACGUAACGAAAUACAAGACCGUGUCUUCACCGCAAAACGAGAUCGAACCUCAAAUUCGACAAUCAGUCGCGACUUCGAAACGUUCGGAAACCUUGAAUCCAUCUAGGAGAUCCUGUCACUCUUGCGACUACCAGUGUGAAGUUCAAAGUGGACACCGGAAAGUCAAUUCGAAGUUAAAAACGUUAGACAGGAGGAUGGCCAGAAGCGAUCAUAAUGUUUCCAUGCGAAAGAACGAUCAGGACUUCACCGACUUCGGUAACUAUUUUCACAAAUCUUCCUUCCAAAAAUCGAAUGCUGCUCGCCGAAGAUCGAAAGAUACGAAAAUCGAGGAACAAUCUAAUAAAGAAACGAUGGAGAACGAAGGUUCAAAGCGUUCAAAAAAUGAGGCACGAGUGAGAAGUAAAUGGGGGACCAUUGAUCUGGAACGUGGACACGUUGGUCAAAAGAUAUCGGCGUACGAGGAAAAUGCCAAACGUAGUAGUCGUAACUGGGAAACUUUCGACACGUAUCAAGUGUUUCCUGAAAUAAAGAAGCACCGAGCCAUUGGUGUACCAUUAGUAGGCAUGCAUAAUGCAUGUGGCUUGCCUGUAGUUGCUUCCUGGCACGAUCAUGAAUUAUUGGAACCUCUGAGAGUCAAAGGUAGGGUUUUAGGAACAUUAAGACCAAUUUUUAAAGGACAGCGUUCUUCCAUCAAUUUUCGUCAUCGAACUCAUCCGAAGAGAAAAAUGCCAACGAAUCACAGUAUUUCUAGAAAGAAUCGACCACAAGAUUUGAAUGAGUUUGAUAAGAAAAUAGAUUAUCCAUCGAUAAAAUCGUUAGUUUCUUUGGAACCAGGAAUGGAUGAAGUUCGAAAGAAGAGGAGACGCAGACCUUCGUUCAAAGCUAAGAGAAUUGGUACAUUUUCAUCGAAAAGUACUACGAAACGAAAGGGGAGAUCGCAUGGAAGAACAGACAAAGAAAAUACUCUGACUGGUAGCUUUCGUAGAAAAUCGUUCGGAACUGGAAGCGUCAAACGACAAACUUUGUACGCGAGGGACGAUGGAGAGGAGGCUGUGCAAGUUCUUAAAAGCUUAUGUCUAAAUCCUUUGGCUCGAACGAAAUCCGAAACUGAUAUGAUAUGGUGAAAUUAAAAUACCAUUUACUUUUGCAGUUAAAACUACGGAAAUUUUCAAUGCGAUCAAGAAAAUCAUGUAGUACAAAGUUCAGAAUUAUUUUAAUCUUCCAUUUUUGCAAUAAAGGCUCUAUGUUAUUGAAUUGAUUAAAAAAAUAAUUGUAUUUUAAGUUUUACCAAAGUAAUAUUAGUAUAUUCAUUAUACGCUUUGUAAAUAUGCUUUGCCAAUUAUAGUGUAUUCUUGGAUGUUAUAAUAAAACAAAAACCCUUGCUACCCUC